AUGCCAACAGUCUCCCCAUGCAACUACCGACUAGAAAAGAAAAUCAACCAUUCCCUUCUGGUGGCCGUCACCUACUCUGAAGUCACCAACCAUCCCGAACUUCUAGACGUCUCCAUUGAGUUCGUCAAUACUAAGACACCCAAACCUUCCAAUUCUCCAUCCAGCACUCCAGAUGCCGAGGACGGCGACGAAGCAAAUAGAAACUCAGCACAGAAUGAAAGCUGGUUCAAAAGUUUCUGGGCCAGCGAAAAGGCGCCGUUGGCUCCAUCUACGCUGCCUGAGAUUCCGUUGUUUCUAGGCUAUGUCCAGAUGGUUGGAUAUGUGCGUCUAAACCGCCAGAUCGGCGGAGAUGGCACACUGGAUGCUGCCACCGACGUCUACUGGAAGAAUCAGGAGUACUUGUCUAACUAUGCAGAGAAAGACGACGAAAUAUUCGACGGGAUUCAUGAAACAACCUUCUUUAAAGACCACGGCAGCGAUACGCCAAGAAAGGGACGUAUUGGCGGCAUCAAUGACUUGAACUCCAAACGUUUCGAUGCCACUACGGUCUAUUUGCUUCAUGACUUGGCCCAUCCUUUCAACACCAUGCAGAUGCCCGGAAGAAACCCUCCAGAACUUCCUGAACCAUAUCACCACGCAUUGGCAACUGAUCUUUCCGAAUGUAUUGUGCCCUUCUACGUCACGGCACAACAUCUUCUUUUUUCUUCUGUGCGUUUGGCAGACAAACUGGUAGAAUGCUAUAAAAUCCGUAUUCCUCGGCCUCCAGGAACAUUACCUCCGUCAUACAACACUAGACUGUCAGGUGCUGCGGGAGAUGGAGGAGUAGUUUCCAUAUGCUACUCGUUUGUAGUCGGUGUUCUGGAACAAACUAGCGAAGCUAUGCAGCAACGUGCUGUGUAUUUCCCUAUGGAAUUGAAACCAGGGAAAAAAGGAUGGGAUCGUGAGUGGCUCCAACGAGACUACCUUCAAGACGCUUUGGUUGAUAAAGACUGGAAACCACAAACAGUAGAUGUUGGUGCAGACGGGGUUGCCAAUGGUACCAAUGGAACCAACGGUAAUGAGGGACGAACCGAGAAGAAAUUCAUUAGAGAUCUCGAUACGCUCAUCGAGAGCAGUGUCCACGUUGUAGCGGCCAACGAGAGAAGGAAGAGCUCGGUUUCAGUACAAUCAUUAGACUAUACGGGAUUCAUUCACCAAGUACCUCCGAAAUUGAAGGUCCUGUAUCAGAUCCGGGUCAACAACCAAUCACUCUGUAAGUUGACAGUCUCCAAGCCAUACUAUCAUGUUGGGGAUGAUGUCCACUUCUUUCUCGAGCUCUUCACGGAUUCAAGUGUGUCCACUAGGGUGGUAGGAGUGACUACACAUGUUGAAGCGCACGAAGUUUUCAAUUUGGAGUCUGAAUCCACUAGGAAAACCAUCAAUUUCUACAAAGUGACACCUACAAUCAAGCUCAAUACGUUUGCUGAUGCAAUGGCCGAUGCAUACAACCAGAGUGGCUCUGGGCUAGUGACCGGAGUAGUGAAUUUGCCUCGGUUCUUGGCACAACAAUUCCAGCUGUCAACUUUCAUGGAUUUGAAGUACUUUUUGGUUUGUAGAUUUGUUCUCAAUGAGUUUGAGAAGAGCGAGGGGCCCAAGUACAUCGAUGAGGAUCCUGCUCGAUUCGCAGAUUACAUUCAAGAGUAUAAGAUGGAGAAUGAGUCAUCGGAGUUCAAGUUUCUGAUUCCGUUGACGGUGUUGCCAUAA